GUCAUCGUAGUUUAUAUCUGCUUAUGGUGCUGUAAUUGGUGAUUAUUACAUGAAUUCUUAAGAAGAAUGUCGAAACCGAAAUUUCGUACGGCAGCGGACACAUGUGCAGAUUGCAGUGCUCCUGAUCCAGUUUGGGCCUCAGUUAAUCGUGGGGUUUACAUGUGUAAUGAUUGUGCUGGUAUCCAUAGAAACCUUGGGAGACAUGUUUCACAGGUUAAGCAUCUGCACAGAAGUACUUGGCAUCCAAACCAACAAAAUAUGGUUCACCAACUAGCAAUGGUUGGUUCUAAUUCAAUAUGGGAACAUUCAUUGCUUGACCCAGCACAAAUGAGAAGUGGAAAGAGAAAACCAAAUCCAUCUGACUCAGUCCAUCCUACAAAGAAUGAAUUCAUUCGUGCCAAAUACGAGCAACUGGCGUAUGUCCAUCGUCCACCACGUAGGGAUGAUGAUGACCUAGGAAAACAGCUGCAUUCAAGUGUAAGGACGGCCAAUCUUGACACAAGUCUCCGUCUGUUAUCCCUAGGAGCUCAAGCCAAUUAUUUCCACAUGGAUCGUGGCAACACCCCAUUACAUGUGGCUGCAAAAGCUGGCCAAUCUUUACAGUGUGAGUUGCUGGUUACAUAUGGGGCCGACCCAGCAGCCCUUGAUUCCAAUCGUUUACCACCUGAAGAUCUUGCAAGGAAUGAAGGACAUACUGAACUUGCAGACAGACUUGUUGAGCUUCAAUAUGAAUUAUCUGACCGACUAUCCUACUUUGUUUGGGGAUUAAAACCAGAUCAUAAAACCCGUAAUCAUUACGCCAUGCCCAAAGUAAGAGACAAUGGGGUUGGUUUGGAUGGGAGAAAACGCCUACAAGCUCUAAGCAACCAGAUAUUUGAAGAACUUGCAAUGGAUGUUUAUGAUGAAGUGGACCGCCGUGAAACUGAGUUGAUCUGGCAACAACAUAAACAAUCUGGUGGUAAAGUAGCUCCUACUGCAGACCAUGUAGCUGUACCUUUCCUUACUGUUAACCCAGAAUACUCAACUACCAGGAAUCAAGGUCGACAAAAGCUUGCGAGGUUUACUCAGCAAGAAUUCUUCGUUCUCAUUACUGACAUCUUGUGUGACAUUAUUCGAAGACAAUCCUUAUAUGAUGGAAGCAACAAUAAUUUGUUACAACGAUCCUUAAGCAGCGAAGACCCGAUAUAUGAUCUUCCUCCUGAUGGUAACUUGGAUUAUCAAUCUAUUGAAAACUCAGCAGUUCGUGGCAACCAACAAGUGAGCAUUCCACUGUCAGAGUUUCUUAAAGUAAAACAGAAACUACAAGAGAAAGAAGAGACGGUGACAAAGUUAAUGGAAUUAAACAGAGACCUUUCUACAAAGGUCACAAACCUUGCCAAGCAAAAUUAUGAACUGUUAAAACAAAAGCCGCAGCCAGGCCAAUAUACUUCCGCAUUCCGUCCCACCCCCUACACAGCCCCCAACAGCAAACCCCCCUUCACCCCAUCUUCCACCAUUAGCCCCAGGAGUGGAAGCGCUAACAGCAUCACCCGACCCACCUCAUCUUACAAUCACAACGAUUCAUUUGGUAGCCAGUCAUCGUUAGCAUCAAGUGGAAGCCAACGUCGACAAACCAUUCACGAGACACUAGGUGGCUCUCAUGCUAAACCUGAACCUGAGUUCGUUACUUCAACCAAAGAUAAAACUAUGGAUGAUUCCAUGAAGAAACCUCAUCGUCUUCGUGAUCAAAGUCCUCACAACAGCGUUGGGAGCGAUUAUGAUAACUCAGGUCCACCAGGGGGCAGUACUGAGCAGUCUAGGUCAAAGAGAACAAGUCCCGCUUCUAUGGAAGCAACUACGGAUAAAAAGAAUACAUCAGUUGAUCAAAAUGUAAACAUCAACGAAAACAACAAUCAUGCAACGGAGAAAUCCGAAUCCCCGUCCGCACAAGUUGAAGGGACGCCUCAUAAACCCGAACAUUUGCAACGUUACGAUGAAGUUAUUAGGAAAACUGAAACGGUAACAAGGAACAUAUCUAGUCUGUUACAAGCCGCACAGAAAGGCAAAAGUGAAAGCUACCCUGCGUGUGCUGAGAAUAUUCUCACUGUAGUUCAAGAAAUUGUUGCUUUGUUCCCAGAGGACCUGAAUGAUCCUGACAUGAAAAAUGUGAUAAUUAAACUGGGUGGAGGGGCCGAAAAAUUACGCAAUCGUUGCAAAGAAGUGGCAGAACAAGGGAUCGCAUUUAAUGCUAAACAGGUAACUGAGGAAAUAAUAAAGAAUGCAUAUGACAUUGCUAAAGCUGAGAAAGAGCUUGUUACCAUGAUAACCAAGCUCCAAUCACUGGAAACCUCACAAGAUUCUUCUUCUUGAUUGGUCGAUACAAAAUUUGAAAUUUCUCACUGUUUGGUGUUCAUCGAAAAGUAGUUUCGCAAUUAUGACGAUAUAAUCAGAAUUCAGAUGUUAUUGUCUCUUUGUUUCCUGUCAAUCAUCUUCUUUCUGUCAUGCACGAAAUCUAUACACUUUACACAUCAUAAAAAACAAACAUUAAUUCGGUGCUUACGCGAACCCAGUCCCAUUGCAAAUCUGUUUAAAAUUGCAUUCUUUUAAUAAUGAAAUCAUCUAUUAAUUACUUGGUAAACAGUGAUCUUUACUUCAGUUAACAAUCUAUUAAAAAAAUAACUUUUCUUUUAUUUUUUGAUUUAUUUUUAAUUUUUUGAAUUAUUUUUGAACAGUAUUUGGGUUUGUAUUUUGAAGAAUGUAUAUCCAAGCAUCUUAUUCUGUGUAAAGAAAUAUCAACCAUUAGUUUCAUGUCAUGCUGUUUCUGCAAUUGGUAGAAGUAUAUGUUGUAGUGUAAGCUUGGUGCAUAUGGUAGUAUCAUGCUGAGUAAUGCCACUUCGAAACAAACAUCGCCAAACUUUUGGUGCGAUUUCAAUGUUGAAUUGAUGACCUUUUAAAAGUCCUACUGUUGUUAAUUUUGUGGUUUUGUGCUUAAAUAUUUCCAUUUUUCUGUCAUACUUGUAUCAUGUUCGCUACAUAGCGAUAAAUAAACACAAUUCAAGCAAA